CUUGCACCACUAGAAUAUUUUUUAAUAACAAAAACAACGGUCGUAAAACCUCAAAACAAAACAAGUAAUUAAAGACUCAAAAUGAAUCAACUGAAGCAGGAAAACACACAGCACGAAUCCUUAUGUGUUAAGACUUCAGAUAAUAAUUUGCCUGAAACUGAUUCCGAACCAAACACAUUGAGGGAACCACCUAUUGCAGAGCUUCCUACAGAAGAAAUAAAUCAAGUUGAAGUUGACACUUUCUGUAAUAACUACAACAGUACUGAAGAAUUAUUACAAUUACCGACAAAAGAAACUCGUCGUAAGGAAUGUUAUUGGUUGAAAAAAAGUAACAUAAGCUUUACAGACGCCUUGAGCGAUCAUAACUAUACAUCACAGGAAGAGUUUAAGUGUCGGCAAUGCCUGGAUUGUGUUGAAAAUAUGCUGAUAAAUAUUAUUUUUCCAAAUAGAGUUGAAUCUGAGCCUGUUUCGUCAAACGUCAAACUUUUCAUAGACACCACCAUACAGAAUCUAAAAAAAUAUCAAUUAGAAGUGGAUGUAACGAAUACAAAAUGCCAGGACAAUGCCAGUCAAACAUCGUUAUUUACAGAAAAAUGUACUGCGGAGUUAAACAGUUCAAACUGUUCAGAGCCCUUGGAAGUCGAUCUAAAUGAUCAUUACCUUGAAAAUCUUUAUACACACUUUGGGAAAGAAAAGAUUAUCCUUAAACCUAUUUUAAUGACCACGUUAAAUGAAGCAAAACAGUUAAUAAAUGAGUGCUAUGCGCACAAUUCAAAGUCUGAAGAGGAAUUUAAAGUGAUUUUACUAACUAAAAUAAAACAACUUCAAGAAAUUGCCACUCCCGGAAGUCCAUCACCAAGUCGAGCUCUAGAUAAAUCAUUUAAAGAUUCAAAGAUGACGAAACAUCAGAAAAACCAUAAAGCAAAAAUGAGACUACUUUUCGAUACAUCUAGUUCGUUGAAUACAGACUCCGAGCUCAAAAGUAGCUGUGAUGAUCUAAGCGAAAAAUCUUCAAGCGAAUGUAGUUCAAAACCGUCGCCAGUACGCCGCUCGUUCUACUCAAGUAAACACAGGAAUUUGCAAUGUGAUUAUAAUGAUGGUGUUGAUCUUUCCAAAUAUAUAAAAUUGAAUGUAAAUAAUAAUCUAAAAUUUGGUGAGGUCGAUAUAAAAACUAUAAAAACAACGAGAUCAUGUGCAUCGGACAACGAUACAGACAAAGAAAUCGACAGAUUGACAAAUUUGAGUGCGUUGAAAACACGUCAUGGACAAAAGAGUUACAUCAAAGCAAAGAAAAAGAGUCAGCUGAAUUUGUCUCAAAGGAGUGAUCUUAAAAAGGAUGAUUGCUUUGUAGAAGACGAGGAUCAAUAUGAAAGUGAUACCAUAAUUGAAAAUGAAGACAUUUUAACCGAGGGACAGUUUCUAACGCGUUGUAAUGAACAAAUCAAGUUGCAACUGUUAAAUGAUUCAAGUAGUGAUUCGGGAUUGUCAAAUCAAAGUGGGUUUGAUGAUUCAAAGGAAAUUUUUUCUGAAGGAAGUGAGAACAUAAUUAGUACUGUGGACAAGUUUUUACAGAAUUUUAAUUCUGAUAAAAUAGUCUCAUGUGAAGAGGAAAACCCCAAAGCUCUUGUUGAUGACAAUGAAAUUCCCUUUAACAUUAAUCGGCCACACAAUAAAAUUGACAAAGAUGAUCUAGAAAAGUCAGACAUUAGAUCAUUGAAAAAAGAAGUUGGGAAGCAUAGUAAACAUGAAGAAAUCGUGCUUAGCUCGGAGAGUGAUUAUUCAGAUUGUGACGCUGAUCUUCAGAAAUCAAGAUUGAUAAAACCUAUGCUUCGAAUUGAUCAGCUUGCCAAUGAAACUAAAGCUGCACAAAAAACCGAAAGCGAACGGGUUCGACGACUUGAUAAGAAACAUUUGGAACUGUCCAAAGCAAUUAAAAAGAAUUGUGAAUCUAUAAAUAAGUCGGAGCUAAUACUUGAUUACAUCGAAAGGACUAAUACAUUUGUUAAAGUGGACAGUGAUAUAGUCAAACAAUUAAAGCCACACCAAAUUGAUGGUGUUAAAUUUAUGUACGACUCCUGUUAUGGCGGUGUGGAUGAGCGAAAAAAAAAUUCUGGAUCAGGAUGCAUUUUAGCUCAUUGCAUGGGCCUGGGAAAAACUCUUCAGUUGAUUGCUUUGCUGCACACCGUGAUUUCGUACAAGGAACUAAACACGGCAAAGGUCUUGGUACUAUGUCCAAAAAGCACGGUCAUGAACUGGGCUGAUGAAUUUCAUUAUUGGCUAAGUCCCUUGAAAAUAAAAAACCAUUUAAAGGUUUUCAUUUUUCCGGAUUCAUCUGAUAUUGCAGAAAAGUUGCGGGUUUUGGAAGAAUGGUCCUUAUCGUCGGCUAGCAGAGCGGGCUGCUUGUUAGUGGGCUACGAGGCAUUCCGUACUCUUGUUUUUUAUCACUCAUACAAAUAUCGAGGGAACGUGGCUUCUUCAAAAUUGGAAAAUGUUCGAGAUAAAGUCCACAAAUACCUAUUACAGCCUGGUGCCGAUUUAGUCGUAUGUGAUGAAGGACAUAUUAUUAAAAACAGUAAAUCUGCCAUAAGUCUUGCCGUAUCAAAAAUAAAAACCCCAAAACGAAUAAUAUUAACCGGAACGCCCAUACAAAAUAACCUCAAAGAAUAUUAUAGCAUGGUAAACUUUAUAAAACCGUUAUACCUGGGCACGGAAAGGGAGUUCGCAAAUUUAUAUGCAAAUCCUAUAAAGAAUGGCCAACAUAAAGAUUCCAGUAAAAAGGAUAUUACAAUAAUGAAGCAGCGAUCCUACGUUUUACACAAAAAGCUAUCCAAAUUUGUUCAGAGAAAAGAGGCAGAGUUGCUCAAAACAUUUUUGCCACAAAAAUUCGAGUAUGUUUUAUUUAUUCCGAUGACGCCUGUUCAGAACACACUUUAUGAACAUAUAUUGGAAGCAAUAGGAAAUCGUGGUGACUGUCGAGGCAAAAGUCUGAUAACAGAUUAUACUGUUUUAAGAAAGAUAUGGACACAUCCUAAGGUAUUAGAAGACGCAUGGAAAAAUGCCACAAACCAAAGAAAUAAAAAAGAAAUAAAGAAAAUCAAUUGCCCAAACUCCGAGGAAGAUCAACCCGAUGAUAUUUAUGACAGUCAAACUGGUGUGAUGUCUGUAACUAAUGACUGGUGGCGCAGGCAUCUGACAAAGGCAGAUUUGGAAUCUAUAAUGCCAAGUAAUAAGCUCCGGAUUAUGUUUUCCAUUCUUCGAAUGUGUGAAGAGAAGGGCGAAAAAUGUUUAAUUUUUUCCGCCUUUGUGGCAGUACUCAACGUUGUGGAAUACUUUUUCAAAAGAAUUACGGAUUCUGAUCCCGAAGUGUUUUAUUUCGCCCAUUUAUCAUCAAGCCAAAAACCCGCAGGAAAAUGGAUCAGUGGGCAAGACUAUUACAGACUGGAUGGUAAAACACCUAAAAACAUACGGCAUGAAAUGAUAAAACGAUUCAACAGCGAAGCCAACAGACGUGCCCGCGUUUUUUUAAUAUCUGCCAGGGCUGGUGGCCAAGGAAUUAAUCUAAUUGGUGCGAAUAGAGUAAUCAUUUUGGACACCUCGUGGAAUCCAUCCAAUGAUCAACAAAAUAUAUUUCGAGUAUUUCGCCUGGGACAAAAAAAAAAAUUGCUAUAUAUAUCGUCUGAUUGCAAUGGGCACUAUGGAAGAAAAAGUGUACUCUCGAUCUGUUACAAAACAAGCAAUGAGUUUUCGAGUAGUAGAUGAACAACAAAUAGAUAGGCAUUAUAACAUGGAAGAAUUAGCAGAACUUUAUACGUUGACGAUACCAAAAAAAAGUGAAAGAACAAUGCCUGUGUUUCCUAAGGAUACCAUACUGGCUCACUUGUUGAGACAGUCGGAGCUUGUUUAUAAAUACCAUGAACAUGAUAGUCUCUUAGAAAAUAAAGUCGAGCAAGAGCUGAGUGAGCAAGAAAAAGCGGAUGCUUGGGACACUUACGAAAGGGAAUUGGAAGUUAAUCUGGAACAACAAGAAGGAUUAAAUGCUGAAAAAAGUCAAAUCGGUGCUCCGAACUCGAGACUGAACUCGUACUUAGCUCCAAUUCCAAGUCUGGAUAUGCAAAAUUUAUUAAACUACAGCAUUCAGUCAGCUUCAUUUAUGCCUCAACUAAACUAUAAUAUGAAUCAAAAUUACUUGGACAGCUUAAACUACUACCAAAAGUUUUCAUCGUUACGAUAUUUAAGUGAUAAUAACUAUGUCUCAUCACCUUAUAAUGCAAUCAAUUCCGCCAAUCAUAAUUUUCUUUCUGCGGGUGCAGGCGGUGUUUCGAAUAAUUCUAGUUCUAUAACUCCAAAUGAGAUGUUUCAUAGACAUGCUAAAAAUGUUGAGCUACCAACCCAGGAUGCACUUAAAGUACAGUCGACGCUUGAACAAUACAAACAGUUUCUUGAAAGCCCUUUCUCUGGGCUCCUAAACUUUUCAAAUCAGGGCUAUGAUCCUUCAACUAAUAAAACAAAUAUGGCAAAUGUAGGAGAUAAUGCAAUUUCUAGAAAGGAACAUUUAAAUAUAUUCGAUUCUCAUUAUACUAAGAGCGUAAGUGCUGCGAAUGAUUCAAUUGUUGCUAAAAAUAUCAAUACAGUUGAUCUUACGAAGCUCUCAGCAGAAGAA